CCAACCCGGCUCUCUCUCUCUCCUGUCUUUUUCCCCUAUCUUCUCUCCUUCUGAAUCAAAGAAAAUCCAUUCGUAGGGUUUUGGGUGUGUUUGGGGAGCUGCUGGGUUUGUCUGUUUUGUUUAGUUGGGAAGAAAAUCCAAGCUUAAGUGAGAAAAAGAAAUGGGAGGAACUGCAAACUGCGUUGACAUCAUAAUCGCCAUCCUCCUUCCUCCCCUUGGCGUCUUCCUCAAGUUCGGCUGCAAGGCGGAGUUCUGGAUCUGCUUGUUGCUCACCAUCCUUGGUUUCAUCCCUGGAGUCAUCUACGCUAUUUAUGCCAUCACCAAAUGAUCUCCAUACUUCCUCAUCUCCCCUUUUUCGACAGGUGGAGAUGUGAAAGGGCUUCUGUCUUUUUCAUUGCUGGAGGGGAGGAGCUACCAUUACCAUUACCAUUACCAUUACCAUUACCAUUAGCACGUCUUUAAUUUUUUUGCUAAAGAAAUAAGAAGAUUCCUUUUGUUUUUAUAUGUUGCUUGAGGAAUGAGAAUGGGUGUAAAUGGGUUGUCAUCAGUGGCGAUGAUGUUUGUUUGUGUUAGUACUCUCUCUUUGAUUCCAUGAUGAGGGUUGAUGAGAUUAAUUUGUUUGUUUAUAUGUAUGUGAUGUCUAUUCAUUCUUAAAUAAAUGUAUUUCAAUUUUAUUUCA